AUGUGUCAGGGUUUAAUUAAAAGUCUCAGAAAACAUCAAUGUAAAGUAUGCACGAUCAUUAUCAUCUUCUUUUGGGGCUUAAAGAACAGAUUCACGGCAGAGAGGCCAAAGCUAACAGACAAGUUUCGGGACUUAGAUAAAUACAUAGAGGAAUUAAGAAACGCAAAAUUUCCACCUUACAACUACCAGCUACUCCAAUCGGAAGCACAGAGAACAGAGACCACUAAUCCUUUGCAACUUCCUGGAAAGAGCAGAAAUCAUCCCCACAAUGAUGAUAAUAGCCGCAAAAGUAAUGAUAGUGAUCUUGUAGAUGCUGAUGACGAUCGCGACGAUUCUGUUGGUAGAAACUGCUCUCUCGGUAUCACAAACUGCUCGAAAGGAUUAAAAAUGAUGGGGAAGAAGAAUAAUGUUAAUCCUCGUAAAAUUGAUGAGGGUGGUGGUGUUGGUGGUGGUGGUGUUGGUGGUGGUGAUGAUGUUGUUACCUUUGAUAGUAAUCGUUUUACAGUUAAAAGUACCACCAGUUUCGAUGGCAAAUUUCGAAAUGAUGUGCGAGACUUGAGGGGCAACAACAACAACAACAACGUUUUGCACCAUAAUGACGUCAACAACUCCUACAACGAUAAUAGCAUCAGCAGUAACAACAACAACAACAAUAGUACUUUAAACAAUGACAUCAACAACAACGGCACCACCAUCAGUUAUGACAUCAUGAAAGACAUCCACAUUAACGAGAACAUAAACAAACUGGCCACCAACAAAGACAACAAAAUCUUUCGCACUGAACUGAAGAACAAUUCAUACAGCAGCCAAGACGAGAAGGUUUACAGAUCAAACAACAUUAACAACAGCAAUAACAACAGCCACAAGAAUGAUACUUUAAACAGCCUAAACAACAACAACAAAAAACGCGUUGAUAACAUCAACAACAAAAAUAUCAUUAACAACAACAAAAACCACACAAACUUAUUCAAUGUGAAAGACGCCUUGAACAUCGUCAGGGAGAACGAACACAGCAAAACUAGCAACAACAAAAUUUCAGCCAACAACAUUAAUAAAAACAACAUCAACGCCGCUAACAACAACAACAAUGACAGCAUUGUAGACAUCAUCAACAACAACAACAGCAUCAGCAACACCAACAACAUCAGCAACGACAACAACAACAUCAGCAACAACAACAACAUCAACAAAAACAGCAACAACAACAACAACAACAACAACAAUAAUAAUAAUAAAAACAACAUUAAUGACAAUGCUUAUGACACUUAUUACGACGAUAUUCUGGUCGGUUUCGAUCGGAACAUCAGCAAUACCAAAAAGAACAAUAACAAUAAUAAUAACAAUAACAACAAUAAUAACUUUCAAAUCUAUCAACAAUGGUCUGAAGAGUUAGUAGAUAGUUUAAAAGUGGAUUUUUCGCUGACGAACAAAAUUAUGGCGCUGUAUUCUGAAUCCAAAAUUCAAGAAAUUAAUCGCUUGGCAAUGCUACAAAAGGCCAAAUAUAAUUUGAAAUAUAGAAAGUACAAAAACCACAACAACAGCAACAGCAACAACAAUAAUAAAAAGAAUUAUACCAACGAUAAUAUUAAUAAUAAUAAACCGAGUAUAUUAUUAAUUACAGUCGUUCAUUCGGCACCUGGGCACUUCAAAGAACGAAGCGUGAUUCGACGAACCUGGGCACGAACUGACAACGAAGUUUUCACCUUCUUUCUUAUUGGUACGCAGGGACUCAGCGAGGUUUAUAUGACUCUGAUAGAGAAAGAAUCGCAGACCCAUGGCGAUAUUUUUACUGCUGGCUUUGAAGACAGUUACGCCAAUCUGACGCUCAAGUCGCUAGCCAUGCUUCUAAAAAUCGGUGAGGCGUUCGGCGAGGCCGCGCGCCUUAUUGGCCGAACAGAGUUGAGAAAUAAUAUCGGUAAGAAUAGUAAUAAUAAUAGUAAUAACAUCAAUAAUAAUAAUAAUAAUAACAAUAAUAAUAAUAAUAAUAAUAACAUCAAUAAUAACAUCAAUAAUAAUAAAAGUGUUGAUGACGUUAUUGGUAAUAUCGAUGGUGAAAUGAAUCGUUAUAAGAUGCAAAAUUUUAGCACAAAUGGCCACAACAACAAAGAUAAUAAUAAUAAUAAUAAUAAUAAUAAUAAUAAUAAUAAUAAUAAUAAUAAACUCAUCGAUUUCUCGAACAUUCCAAGUUCGAUAGUGGACAAAUCGCUCAACCGGUUUUUCUUGAUGAAGGUCGACGACGACACGUUCGUCAAUGUCGAAUCUCUGGAUAACAUUCUCAGUGCCCGCGCAUCUAUACAAGGUACCGACAACAACAACAACGACAACAAUGACGUCAUCGACAACAACACAAACAAUACAAAUAACACAAAUAACAUCGACAACAACAACAACGCCAACAACGACAGCGGUGUAUACGCCAUCGGUUAUGAAUUCAAAAAAGUUCGACCGACUCGCUUUCCCACCAACACCUCCAAAAUUUCCAAAUCUAGUCGAACCAAAAUAACCCAAAAAAGCUCCUGGAUAAUUCCUAGAGAGUUUUACUCCCAAGAAUUCUACCCUGACUACUUGUCCGGGUCCGGUUACGUAUUAUCAGGAAAGGCUGUAGUAAAAUUAGCAGAAGUAGCAAAAACAAUUCCGCCAUUUUGUAUCGAAGACGUUCACGUGACUGGAAUGCUGGGCGAUAAAAUAGGAUUGAGACGGGAGCAUAGUAAUAAAUUUAAUGUUGACGAUUUAGGACUUUUUGAUCAAUGCAACGCCCCCGUCAGCACUCAUUACGUUAAUAUUAAAACUAUGAAGCAGUUGUGGGAUAAGUUGAGGGUCCAUUUGAUCACCUGUUGAGUGCGUGCGUGUGUACGUGUGUGUGUGUGUGUGUGUGCGUGUGUGUGAGUGCCUUAUCUUAUAUCAUUCCUGCCUACCUUAAUAGUGUUCUGUCUUAAUAUGAUGAUAGAUUAAUAUUAAGAUACAUUCAUAAUGAUAAUCUAUCUUUAGUGUUUGUUGGUAGCAUUUUUAUUUACGUCAUAAAAAAUAUAAAUUUGACAUAUAAAAUAUAAAUAAAAUAUAGUUUGAUAAAUUUUUUAAUG